GUCGUCUCCCUAGAAGCUUCUUUUACUGCCCAGAUUCUAUCUGCUAUCCUUCUGCUUUUGCAGCUCUAUCAUCGGAUAUAGCCUUCUGACUUCUGCAUAACCUGACUGCCAAUCCUACCUACCCUCAUCUGCACAUAACAUUCCCCCGCAAUAUUCUGAUCACCAGCGGCGGAAAGAUGAAGCUCACCUUUAAGGAUUUGAAACAGCAGAAGUUUGUGAUAGAUGCGGAGCCUUCAGAGAAUGUUGGCGAUGUGAAGCAAAAAAUAUCAAGGGAGAAAGGAUGGGAGGUACCUCAACUGAAACUCAUAUAUUCCGGGAAAAUUCUGCAAGAUGACAAGACGAUCGAGUCUUACAACAUCGAGGAGAAAGGUUUCAUCGUCUGCAUGGUCUCGAAGCCCAAGCCCUCCCCAUCCUCUGCUGCUCCUUCCCAAGCACCUUCCACGCCGUCUAGAGCUGCUGUGUCAACACCAGCCCCGCCUCCAGCGCCGGGCCCUUCCACUGCUACCGCUCCGGCGGCUCCUGCUACACCUUCUCCUGCCGCUCCUACGACUACACAGCCUUCAGCUGAAGGUGCAGCCUUCCACGAUCCUUCGGCCUUGUUGAUUGGCUCCCAAAGUGAGUCUGUUAUUUCUCAGAUGGAGUCCAUGGGUUUUGCAAGGAAUGAUAUCGAUCGCGCCAUGAGGGCUGCAUUCUUCAAUCCUGAUCGUGCUAUUGAAUAUCUCUUGACUGGUAUUCCAGACAAUAUCGAACAGGAGCAGCAGCAAGCUCAAGCUGCUGCUACGGCUCCGCCUACCACCGAGCAUGCUGCAGCUACAGGAGCAACGGGUGGGGAUGAACCAGUGAAUCUGUUUGAUGCUGCUGCCCAAGCCGGCAAUCAAGAGACCCCGGGGCGUGCAGCUCGCGCAGGUGCAGGAGCCGGAGAGGCCCUUCCGAAUCUAGACUUCCUCCGGAAUAAUCCCCACUUUCAGCAGCUUCGUCAGCUUGUUCAGCAGCAGCCGCAGAUGCUUGAGCCCAUCUUGCAGCAAGUCGCAGCCGGUAACCCUCAAAUCGCUCAACUUAUUGGGCAAAAUCAGGAGCAGUUCCUCCAGCUUCUUAGCGAGGAUAUCGAAGGUGAUGCAAUGCUCCCACCGGGAACACAUGCGAUUAGCGUCACAGAGGAGGAGAGAGAUGCUAUUGAGCGUCUUUGCCGCCUAGGGUUCUCUCGGGAUUCUGUCAUUCAGGCUUACUUUGCCUGCGAUAAGAAUGAAGAACUUGCUGCUAAUUUCUUAUUUGAGCAGCCCGACGAAGGUGAUGAGCAGUGACGGGUCGUGUGCCUGGUGUCUUAUGAGAUUUUUCCUGAUAAUUUGAUCGGUGCUCCUUCAGUAGCCCUGCGUUCUUGCGUCUUACAACUGCUUGAAGUCGGUUUAUUUUUCCAUGACAUCCUUCCAAAGGUGACCUCCUGAUCAUGUAUUUAGCUAAUGAGCAAAACGGAGUAUUCGAAACAAAUCAAGGGCCAUUGGUUCUGUUUCCAUGUUAUAUACACCCAUAUGUUUUUUUUUUUUAGAUUGUAGACACGAUGACGUCGAAAAGACUAAUUACAGCCGACUCUUUUCACAGCCCAGACUCCCAGUCCCCGUCUGCCGAAGACACGUUUCAAAGUCGGGAAGAUCCCGUCUGUUUCGAAAUCCAGAUCAUCCAAGUUGAGAUGGUUCUUGUAGGACCAUAGUUCAUG